AUGGUGGUACAGGUUCCUUUCGGAGCCGUGCCUAGCCACUCGGACAGUGACGAUGAGAAGUUGGAUAGUAACGUGGCCGACUCAAUAACGAUUGAUGAGGCUAUAGAGGCUGCUGACGGCUUCGGGAGAUACCAGAAGCGCAUAACAGCGGCGAUGGGCCUAGCGUGGGUCGGUUACGGUGCCGUCAUGCUAAGCACGGUCUUCACUACUAUGAGCCCUGGAACAGACGACAAUUUCACGUCGAUUCUUGAUGAAUUCCCCACCGAGUGGCACAGUAUUCUACGGUCAGCACCCUUCGUCGGGUCGAUGGUCGGAACCCCUCUAUGGGGUGUAGUGGCCGAUCGAUUGGGUCGUAAACCCGCAGUAGUGUCGGCAUCAGCACUAUGUGGCGUGUUCAUGGCUGGUGCUGCAAUCAGCUUCGGGACCAUCAGCUUCUGGGUGUUUACUUUUUUAUCCGGUCUGUUCUCAAGUGGCCUAGGAUUGGUAUCCUUCACCCUAGCUAGUGAGGUUUGGGGUCAACGAGCUAGAACUACCACUGGGAAUGCUUUCCACAUGUGCUUUACCGUAGGAAUGCUAUUCUGUAUAGCAUCUGCGUACACGUUAUUAUCCUGGCGAUUGGUAUGCAUAGCUAUAUCUCUACUGUCACUACCUACAUGUAUUGCCGUCCUAUUUACGUGCCGGGAGUCACCAAGAUGGCUGCUUGCUAAUGGUAGGAAGACCGAGGCCGAGCAUGUCAUGAACUACAUUGCUCGGUUCAACGCGUCCCCAACGUUGAAUGUGAAGAUAUUCAGAUUGCGACCUGCGGAUACUGCAACAGCGUUGCCUAUGAGGGGCUGUUUGGCGCAUCUGAGAUCCCUAUGCUCGUACCGUCAUCUCCGCCGUACUACCAUUUUGCUCAUGUUCAUGUGGUACGCUACUGGGUAUGCUUAUUAUGGUAUCAAUAUGACUGCAGAGCACAUUGGUAGCUCGGUGUAUAUCACGGCUACCAUUUCUGCCGUUGCUGAGGUUCCUGGUUUCGUAUUAUCGAUGUAUGUGCUUGGUCUGGCACGGGUUAGUGGCUCGGCAUUCUUCUUCUUCAUGUUAGCCACAGCUGGCUAUCUGUGCAUUCUUACGCCCCCCGACUCUGUCCUUCAGGUCGUUGUCGUGAUGGUUGGUAAGGUUGCUUCCUGUGGUUGCUUUGCUUCUGUCUAUCUCCUCUCAGCCGAGCUUUUCCCCACAAGUAUGCGAAACAGUGGAACGGGUAUAUCAUCCCUAGGUGCUCGGUUGGCUGCCGCUGUGGCCCCCGGUACAGUGGAGAUGUUCACCCCCAUAUCGCCGGCCCUGCCCCUACUGAUAUUCGGUAGUGUGGCUCUCUUAGGUGGUAUUGCUUGUCUGUGGGGUAUCCGAGAAACACUAGGGCAUCCCAUUUGUGAAACUGUGGGGGAGUUCGAAGCAACUGAGGCUGCAUACUGGUCUUCUCGGUCGAGACAGAGGACAGAAUCCCAUGAUGCUCCCGACAGUGGAGUCGUUGAAUUAGCAGAGACGAAAGAUGCCAUUUGAGGGACUCCUCUACUCCAAGUAGGUUUCUGUUAUUUUCUUAUUAGCAGUUGUACACGUUUGCUUUGAAUGCGCUCUCAUUGAGCUGCUUAUUCUUCU